AUGGAGGUUAUCUCUCGAGAGGUGAUUCAUAGUCUUUGGGGAGGUCAACAUGUGGGGUGGAAGUAUAAAGGUUCUAAUGGUUUGUCGGGAGGGAUGCUAAUGAUGUGGGAUAGGAGGGUUGUGGAGUGUAAGGAGGAGUGUGUGGGACUUUUCACUUUGGCUUGCUCGUUUCAAAAUGUAGAGGAUAGAUGGGUGUGGGCGUUUGGGGGAGUGUAUGGUCCGAAUGAGGAAGUGGAGAGAAGGGCGCUUUGGGACGAGUUGGCUGGUUUGAUGAGGAUUUGGGAGGUUCCUUGGUGUUUGGGCGGGGAUUUUAAUAUUGUACGAUUUCCCAGUGAGCGCUCCAAUGUUUCUUAUUAUUCAUCGGGCAUGAUGGAUUUUUCGGACUUCAUCUCAGAGAAUAAUCUGGAGUUGGAUGAGUUGGCAGAAUCGAGAGGCUUAGAUCAAGAGGAGAAAAUCCGGAAGGCGGACAAGUUGAAAGAUUUGGAGAAUACUUUGUUGUGUGAAGAGAUUCAUUGGCGUCAAAAAUCGAAAGCUUUGUGGCUCAAGGAGGGGGAUCGUAAUACUCGCUUCUUCCACAAGAUGGCUAAUUCUCACCGGAGGUACAAUCGGGUGGAAGUGCUUCGUAUUAAUGGCGCUUUAUCCGAUGAUCCAGUUGAGGUAAAAGAACACAUAGUGCAGUAUUACCAAUCUCUUUAUUCGGAACAAAGCUCUUGGCGCCCUAGAAUGGAUAACCAGCAGUUCUUGUCCAUAGAUGAGGAGGAUAAUAGUUGGUUAGAAAGAGAGUUUGAGGAGAAGGAGAUUCCUGAAUUGGAUUUUGAAAUUCCUCCCGAGGCUCAGCGUGGAUCUCUGUCAACAGUGGAAGGGAUACUAGUACGAGCUGUAGAUGAGCUGCAGGCCCUUCAAGAAGAACGCAAGAAAGUGAAUCCUCAAACUGCUGAAGCGAUAGACCAGUUUUUGUUGAAACUGAAAGCUUGUGCAACUGGAGAUUCAUCCUUCUCCUUCAUCCUGGAUGAUCCUUCUGGAAACAGCUUCAUUGAGAACCCGUUUUCUCCUUCCCUGGAUCCAUCCUUGAUAAUCAAGUUCUAUGAGCGAACUCCAGAGCAACAAGCAUCACUGGGGUAUCUUGCGGACCCUUCACAGUCAGGAGACCACUGUGGUGGACCAUCAACAGAGGAAACAAGUGGUGCUUCCGAUGAAGUCAGAAGAGAACCACAUGGCUCAGUUGGGGCAACAGCUGCUCAUCGGUCCAUCGCUCAGAGUAAUAGUGCAGAUAUUGUGGAAACUGUGUUUCGGUACUCUGCACCAGAAGAAGUGAUGACUUUUCCAUCAACAUGUGGAACUUGUGCCUCCAAGUGUGAGACGCGAAUGUUUGUUACCAAGAUUCCCUACUUCCAAGAAGUAAUCGUCAUGGCAUCCACUUGUGAUGCUUGUGGUUACCGCAAUUCUGAGUUGAAGCCUGGUGGGCGAAUUCCUGAAAAAGGGAAGAGAAUUGCUCUUACUGUGAAAAACAUCAGUGAUCUAAGCCGUGAUCUAAUAAAGUCGGAUACUGCAAGUGUGGAGGUCCCAGAGCUUGACUUGGAGCUGGCUAGUGGCACUUUGGGAGGAGUUGUUACAACUGUUGAAGGUUUGAUUACAAAAAUUAGUGAAAGUCUUGAGAGAGUGCAUGGAUUUACGCUUGGAGAUAGUCUUGAUGAUUGUAAAAGGACCAAGUGGCAAGAGUUCAAAGCAAGGCUAAACAAGCUUCUGAGCUUGGAAGAGCCUUGGACCUUAAUACUAGAUGAUGCUUUAGCAAAUUCUUUUGUUGCACCAGUGACUGAGGAUAUCAAAGAUGACGAUCAGAUGACGUUUGAAGAAUACGAGAGGUCGUGGGAGCAGAACGAGGAAUUGGGUCUGAAUGAUAUUGACACAUCUUCGGCUGAUGCUGCAUAUAACUCAACUGAUAUGAAAAUGGGGGAGAAAACAGACGUUUGAGUUUGGUUUUAAGUAGGUUAAAACCAUGUUUAACCGAACUAAUGUUUAAUCAUCUUUUCAUAGGUUGUAUAUUGGUUUGGUUGAGUAGCAUCUUCAAUCCUAGCCCCAUGUUUAACUAUAAAGUAAGGGUGUGCUUCUCAACUUGAAAGUGGGUGGAGAGAGAAAUCUGUAUCAUGUUGAAAUUUAUAAGUUUGAGAUGAUUUAAUUUAAAAAUAUUUGCAGUGAUUAGCUAUUUAAAUUGUGCUAUACUAUUUUAUUGUCU